AUGUCUUCAUCUUCUGAGGAAGCUUAUCCUAGAAGAUUUAGAGACAUAACUCAAGUCUAUAGAGAUACAGAGGAGUGUAACUUAAUGUUCGAGGAACCUUCCUUUUAUCAAGAAGCAGCGUCACAAAGAAUUUGGAGAAAAGCCAUGGAAGAGGAAAUUGAAGCAAUCGUCAAGAACCACACAUGGAUUCUCACCCCAUCCACUGAGGAUUGCAAACCUAUUGGUCUUAAAUAGAUAUUUAAGAUAAAAAAUAACUCACAAGAAGAGGUAAUUCGUCACAAAGCCAGGCAGGUUGCUAAAGGCUAUGUUCAAAAAUUGGACAUUGACUAUGAGGAAGUCUUUGCCCUGGUAGCAAGAAUGGAGACAAUUAGAGUGAUAAUUGCUCUUGUGGCCCAAAAUGGAUGA